CUUUCACCUUUGCUUCUACCCAACGCUUUGUUUGCCAAAUUAUUCAAUAAAAUAACCAUUUUAGCAUAUAGUGGGACUGAACUGUAUUACCAUUCCACUGUUACUAUAACUUAAAUUAAGCAAAAAACACACUUCACCAUGAACAAUAACACUUGGCUUUGAGUAGACCCAGUUGUCAACAAAUUUCAUACUAGAGAGAGAAAGGAACAAUUUUCCUAGAGAGAGAAAACACGGAUUUACAGAUGCUCUGGGUAUGGGCAAAUUGCAAGGACAAAGACUGCCUGUACAACAGCAGCAGAACAACGAUGGGGUUGCUUCUAGAACCUUCUGUGAGAGAUGUUCCUUCGCUUUUUCAAGAAUCGGUUUACAGUUCAGUUUCAAGUGUUCUGCUGUUUUGUUACUGAGUGUUGCCGUUUUUCUAUCUUCGCUCUUCUGGAUUCUUCCGCGUACUGAUAAGUUAUCUGGGUUUGAUGCUAAAGAGGGGAUCAAGCAGGCGGAAAAUACAAGUUGAUAUAUUUUUUUUCUCUGGGGCGCUUCUCAUGAUCAAUUUGGUUACAGCCAGGACGUGCUGUUCCACUACUCAAGCAUACUUCAGAUUGGAGAAGCCAGUUUCAGAUAUUGUUCCCCACAUUACAAGACUGGAGUAUGAUAUUUCGGAAGAGAUUGCUAUCCCUUACAUGAAGGUUUCGGUCCUAUCUGUACAGGAAGCAGGCGUGGCUAACCAGACUAACGUAAUAUUCGGUUUUCUUCCGGAUCCAGUUGAUUCUUCUAGUACUCCAGUGUCCUUAAGUCUGCUGAAGUCUGCUUUAUUGGAACUGUAUCUUCGAGAUACCAAUCUGACAUUAACUUACUCAAUAUUUGGACAACCAUCUUCGUUUGAGGUUUUGAAGUGUCCUGGUGGAAUCACUAUGAUGCCUGACCACAUACCCUUUUGGGGCCUAUCUGAUAUCCUUUUCAAUUUUACUCUCCACAGUUCUAUUGAUGAAAUAAGGGAAAAUUUUACUGCGUUGAAGGAACAACUGAUAGUUGGCUUGCGUCUCAGUCAUAACGAGGAUGUUUUUUUACAGAUAUCAAAUGAAGUUGGCUCUACUAAAGAUCCUCCAGUUAUAGUUGAAGCUUCAGUAUAUUCAGACCAUGGGAGUCUACAACCUCAGAGGUUAAAACAAUUGGCACAAAUAAUUAUGGGAUCUGUUCCUACAUCUAAUCUUGGCCUAGAUAACUCUGUUUUUGGUAAAGUGAAGCAAGUAAAUUUAUCUUCCUUUCUAAACCGUACUGUUCACGCUGUCCCGCCAACUCUUCCUCCUGCUCCUACUCCAGCCCCUGCUCCUGCUUCAAAUGAUCCUUUGUGGCCUUCACCUUCCCCAUCACCGGCUGUUUCUUCAUCUCCAUCUCCAGCUUGUGGAAAAGAGCCCAGCAGUUCUCCAUCUCCCAUAGCUGAUCCACCUUCUCCUGUGACAAACUCUGGUCCACCUUUAAGUAGUUCUGGAAUUGCAGCAAGCCCAUCAUCACAUGCUCCGGCUUAUCCUCCAAAAUUAAGUCCAAGGUUGAAGCUGUCUCCUGGUCCUUCUCCACAAAUGUCUUCGUCAAUGACAUCUUCAUCAUCCUCUUUUGCACCUGGCUUUUCUUUUAAGGAGCUCUGCUUGUUCUGGUUAUUGGGAUUGGCAGUACUUCAUAUCCUUGGUUGGACUUGGUGACAAUGCCAUGUUCUUGUUCGACAAGAUUUUCUCAUUUUCAAAGAAGAAGAGAGAAGUACACUUAGCAACAAACAACUUUAUUUGACUAGGAUUAUAGCAUCUUUUUGCCAAUUAGUUUGUGGUUACCAUGGCAAGUCAUGUUAACCCUAUAUGAACAGAAGAAAUCACAGGUCAAAGCCAAAAGGUGGCAGGCCUCUGUUUGACCAAUGACAUCACAUGAGGACAGUUAAAAAAGAUGUUUCUUCCCGAAGGGAAUGACUACUGAUACAUGCUCAUCUGCAGGUUUUCAAGGAGAUACCAGUCGUUAAGACGUGUUGGUUCUUCUUGAACAAGCUGCAAAAUACUGCAAAGAGAGCAAUAUUUACCUUGGUAUACACGAUGUAUAUUCUUACUUAAAACUGUAAUUAGCUCCUUUUGAUGUGCUAUGCUUUAAUCAGAUAAAAAUAUCAGCCUUUUGGCACUAUGUAUUAUACUAUGUUGCAAAAUGCUGAUUGACAACGUGCUUUAGGGGACAUGGUUCAAAACUUGGUAGAUAAUGGACCCAUCCUUUUACUCUUCUCC